AUGGAACCAGACGACAUAUCCCCACUCCGAUCUUUGGCUAUUGACCCGGCAACCUAUCUACUCAAGGAGUGGGAUGACCUUACUCUGGCUGCCAGGACACUUAUCACGGAGAAGCAGACAGGCACAGUUGUAUCGAGGAGCUUACCAAAGUUCUUCAACUACAACGAGAAAUUCGCGUACAAACCGACGGGGAAUGAGCAUGCUUUUGCCAUUGAGGAGAAGGUGGAUGGGAGUUUGAUCAGCCUUUUCUGGUAUGGCGGGAAAUGGAUGUUUGUUAGCCGUACGUCCUUCCAAAGCCCGCAUGCGGAAUCAGCUCAGCGCAUCCUCGAUACGCGCUACCCCGGGGCUCUCAAAAGGCUAGACAAAGAAAGUACAUACGUCUUUGAACUCGUCGAUCCAAAGAUGCCCAUCAAAGUCGUCUACACCAAGGAAGAUCUUGUUCUGCUAUCCAUCGUUGCAAAGGACGGGAAGGAGCCGCCUCAUAAUUUUGAUUGGACAGCUCUUUCUUUUUCAAGACCAAAAAGACAUGUUGCUGACACAGUCGCACCCAGCCAUCUCAGCAAGCUCAACCACGACAAUGAAGAGGGCUUUGUUGUAAAGUUUUGGACAUCUCCAAACGAUAGAUACCCAAAGCGAAUAAAAAUCAAAUUUGAAAGUUAUUUCGAACUCGCCGAAGGAUGGAAAGGCAAACCCUCCUCUUCCCCACGAAUGCCGCCAUCAAACUCUCAGAUCCUAGAAAUCUACAGUAAACACCGACUACAGAUCCAUCAUUUCAAGACUGACGACAUUGCUAACACUAUGGCCAAGCACAGGGAGAACUUUCUCAACUCACUUGAAAAGAUUGCAGAUGAUUAUGGUGGUGCACCUUGGUUAAAUAAAAUCGAAAAGACAUGGGACCGAAUAGACGCCAUCUUCACUCUCCAAGAAGGCGAGUUGACAGAUGCUAUGUCACGGCUGAAAAAGGAAGGAUAUAUUCCAAGUUUGGCAAACGCAAAAUCAAACAGGCUCAAAGAUACAUUUAGGAAGCGAAUGAGAAGGGGUGAUAUAAACCAGAAGCUCCGGGAAGCGUUGAUGGCGUGGUAUAUCGAUGAUGCACCCGUACGGAGGGUUGCAGCAUUUGUUAAUCAGUUGGAAAUACCGGUGGAUCUGCGGUCAACAGAGGUUUUAGGGAAAGUGGAAGAAUUAGUAUAG